GCUCCAGCCUGCGUGGCUCGUCACUCCCUAUCCUCCUCGCACACCGCAACAGCUGCACGGUCAGACGCAACGCAAAGCGAAAAAGCGCCGCCCGACGGAAACGGGGUGCGGCGGCGAUGUUGCGGCAGAUGCGAUGGAUGACGGACAGGGAAGGGAGGUGGGAGCUGGACGUGGAGUCCCCGGCGACGAUGGAGGGCACGGCGCGCCCGGUCCCGGGCGACCCGUUGCCCCUCGGCCUCUCGCGGGGCCCCCGCGUCACCCGCACCAAGCAGCUCGACUUCUUCCACCGCUUCAUGGCAUCCCCGCUCGUCCCCGCCUUCAGCCCCUACCGCAGCGGCCUCUCCCUCGACCACGCUCACCUCUUCCACCUCGCCGAGAACUGGUCUUUUACUAUCCUGGAGCAGCUUCAUGUAAAGAAGCUUGUGGAAGUCGUGAAAGAGAAGUUGUCAAAUCGGCAAGAAGGAGUCCCCUGGACCAAUGAUCUCAAGAGGCAAUUGCAUGAUGUUAUGUCUCUAGGUGUUGGCACGGAACUCUUGAUCACACCAGACACCACUUUGCUGCUAGAGCUGUACAAUAUCAAGAAGGGCGAGCGAGGCAAAGCGAUUAUUAACCAUAAGCUUCCUCAACAAAAUCUUAAAUUAGAAGCAUCUUGGCCUGGAUUAUUUGUCGAUAAACAAGGGGUAUACUGGGACGUGCCUCUGUCAUUAUCUGCUGACUUUGCUUCAGUUGGCUCCAGUUCUGGAUUGAGUUAUCGCCUGUUGGUGCAGCAGAAUAGUGGGGAACCAAAAUGUUUUGGUGGUGAUGAAACCAAUGAUGUUCCUCUCGCUCUGCUGCCUGGAUUGUGUGUUAAAGCAGCUUUUUCCAUCAAGAAAAGCAUUGAUGUCUGGAGGAAAAAGGAAGACAAGCUAAAAAUGGUUCAGCCAUAUGAUGUAUUUCUCUCAGACCCUCAUGUUUCAUUCACUAGGAUUGUUGGUGCCGUAGCCAGUGGUUCUUUGGGGGAUUGUUCAAAAAGAAUAUCUGUGCAAGACGAAAGAAGCAAUGCCUUUAGAGUGUUCAAUGAUAGGAAUAAGUUUGCUGCCUUUGCAGACCUCUUUGCUUCUGUCACUUUUACAGCUCAGCAUGGAAAUUUUCAGAGGCUUUUCCUAGAUCUGACAAGGGUAAGUGCCCGAUUAGAUAUAUCUUCAGGGUCGUUGUUCUUACGCGGUGCUUCUCGUCUUGCACAAGAUUUCUUCUUCUCUAGACGGCCUGAUUUAGAGACAUUCUGCGACGUUUGUCCAAAUACAAUUGUUUCUCUUCAACAACAGAUAGUUGGGCCAUUCAGCUUUCGUGUUGAGUCAUCGGUUGCCAUUGAUCCAAGAAGUCAAGACCGUCUUGUUAGAGUAGAUGACUCGGUUUUCGCUAUUGAUUGGGCCCUGAAGGUCCUUGGUUCAGCAAAGGCCACGGCUUGGUAUUCCCCCAAGCAUCAGGAAGCAAUGGUGGAGCUUCGUUUCUUCGAGGCCUGAUGCCCUGAUGGAUAGAGAUUCCAGCUCACCUUAAAGGCCACAUGACAUAGUCAUGGGGUUUCAUGGCCUGAUCAUAAAAUUUCACUCGAAUAUCAGAUCAGAUGGAUUGGGGUUGCUGUUUUUCAUCAAGCCUAUGCACAUGACAUCAUCAAAUUUGUCUGGGAUUUUAGAAGUUUCUAUUGAUGCUAUAGUAAGGAAGGAGUGGUAGAAUGUUGAUUACCAGUGGUAAUUUAGACUUUUUACGUGCA